ACGAACUCCACACGCAGUGGAUUUCAUGCACAGUCAAUGGUUUCAACGGAGAGGGACCGUUGCGGUAAAAGAUAAUAAUAACAGACGUCGAAAUAAGGAGUACUUUCAGUGGGAAACGACGUUUGUGUCCUCUGCGGUAGACGGGAACAUUGUUUGUUUAAAGGUAAGAGGUUCACACAUUUCUCCAAGUCUUAUUUUUCGUGUUUAAGAGCCUUGUCAUCAGGAACUUAGGGGGCUAGAGAAUUGGACAGUGCUACGGAGGGCUGUGGCCUGCAGGUUCCUCCUGUUGUUGGCCCAUUUUCAUAAUUACUCAACCAAAAAUUGAAUUGCAAUAUAAAUACUGUAUGAUAGGAAAAAUAAUUAAUUCAAUUAUGAUAUGAUUACUAACAAGAAACUCGACUGAAUCACAAAGUCUAAUAAUUAUUAACCAGUCAAAUUGGAUCUUUUGAACUGAUUGUGGUAACAGGAAAUUUGAUCAGUUUAUGUUACUAGUUUGCUUGACUCAGUGUUUGUUUGAGAUAGUUGUGAUUCAUAUUCUUCCUAAUUAGGUCCAAUGGGGUGUCUUGGAGUACACCAAGACUCCUGGUCUUGUGAUGUCUCCAGGCAUAGAUACAGGUUACCUGGCUACAGAGCUCCUGCUGUUUAACUAUGAUAAUUCAGCCUUUGUGUGCAUUCUGGACUACAUAUCGUUGGCUUGUUAUGUAUUGAAUUAGGCAACACCUUUCUUGAUAAUCACUAUUAUAAUUGUGGUGUUUGAAUUUUACCACCAGGACAUAGUAUUUACUGUUUUUAAUUUCCAUACAGCUGCUACUACUAGGCCAAAAUGAGUGAAACAGUAUUUAGAUUUCUUUUUGAUUUAAUACCUUGUUUUGCCUCUACUGUAAUCUUAAGAGGUCUUAAGGAUAGAAAGUUAUUAACUUUGAUCUGCUAAGUGGCUCAUGAUUAGUCCUGGUAUUGUAAUUACCUUUUUGUAAGUGACAUGAACGUGCUUUUUUAUUUACUUGUUAAAGUCAUGAGAUUCAAAGGUGUUUUAUGUGUUGAGAAAAGUCUUAUCCUGACCUGUCUCAGGUGUCUGUGUGUGAUAUCAUCACCGUCAUAUUGUUGUGGAAACACUGGCUGAGCUCACUGCCUAUUCUUGCAGUUCAACAGGGGAAAAACAAAUGAAGCACAUGCAAAUGAAUGUACAGCAAACAUACACUCACACUGUGAACAGAAGUCAGACCUGUAUCAAUACAAGUGGAUUUGUAGUAGUAUAAUAAAGGCAAGAUUACCUACACACAAGGUGAACUUUGAUGCGGUAUGCAUGCCAUUCCCAUGUCAGAUUACUGAUUAAAUGUGAGCUCAAUUCAAAAGAAGCCCUCUCUCAGUCUUUACCCAGUAACCCAACACCUUCUAGCCACAGAUGAGCUUAAACAAAAGUCCAACAGUCAACAAAAGACGCCUCCGUGUUAUCAGAAAGAAUAAGAUUGUGUAAUUGCUUUACUUUACUUCUCACACUGCCUGGAGGUACAGCAAAAAGAAAUCAUCAGGGAUCACUCUGUUCUUCCUUGUACGUGGUAACCAUAGAUACAGAGGCCUUGCCAUCUGUUCGAAGCCUUAAGAACACAUUCAGGUGGUGAAUGUCCAGCCAUCUUGUGAAAAAAAGCAGGAGCUCAUUUCUGAUGUUAAAUCAGGAAGUUGUAGGUCUAAUUUAGCUGUUUCGUUCUUAUAUUUCCCACGGACUGUUUUUUCUUUCCUUAAACAGUCAUUUAAAGUUUCUAAAAGUAACAUUACACAGAAGCUAAUAUUAAACCUUGUUAGAAUAUAACCAGACUCAGUUUACAGCCUCUACAUAGCUUUAAGACAGAAGAUUGUAUGUGGAAACAGAAGCUGAACCUGCUGUUCAGGUGUUUAUACUGUACAUAUACGGCAGGACAGAGGAAUCCUCGGAGGCCCUGAGGAGUUGCUGUUUUCCAUCGAGUCCCUUUUUCUCUUGUCAGUGCUGCUCUACCUGAACAAAUCCACUGAUGAAGGCUCACAUGAGAGCCGUGAUGUACGCUGAUAUGUUUUAUCGGAAGGCAUUGGUGCUUGGCCGGGUAAUGCACUUCCUUUUCAUGUGGAGACUAAUGGGUAAAAUAAACUCGGACACUUACCUGAUUACAAACAUUUAUUGCAUUGUCUGUAGGGGCUGAACAAUACAACGCUUUCUGGAUAAGUAACGGUAUUUGAGUGGUGGUUUCUUAUACCCUCCACUCGUUUAUCUCACGUAUAUUGAAACUAGAAAUGUGUGAUGUUGUGAAUUUGACACAACACUUUUUUUCAUGCUCGUGUCUCUGAGGAAAGGAAUAAACCAAGUGUGAAGUUACAACCAGUGCAGGACCAUUGUCUCUUCUUACCAUCUCUGUCCCAUGUUUCAAUUGAUUAGCCUCAGUCUGCACACUGUGACGAUGACUCAUCCAUUUGAAACGCCUCUGUGUGAACAGUAGCAUAGUGGUGCUUAUCUCUGUUAAGGCUGGUGUGGGUCGUGAGUGGCCAGUGACUCACAAGACACCCUAAACAAAUUAUGAAGUCUGAUGCUGUGCUUGUUUACUGUUUGGCUGUGGAGAGACUAUGAUUGUCUUUUUAUUUUGUACAUAGGACUGAAAAUCCGUAAAAUAUGAGUAAGAAUGGGUGAAGGAAAUAGGGAAGACAACUCCCUGCUCUGCACUUCUCUUUUCUGGGAAACAAUUGUUUCAUUUUCAUGCCUGCCUGGAAAGGUUGUGCUCUCAUAUCAGGACUCUGAGGAAUUCAAUGCCUCAUGUGACUCUAAGGACAGAUUAACUCAUACUUACUCAAUUACAUUUUCGACAUACAAUACCCAACUUUGUUCUGAUUUCCACUUUGUCGAACAAGCUAGAGUUAAAUAGUUUGUCUAACGAUAAAGAAAACUGAAAAUGCUGAUUGUGGGUCAUAGCAGCCUCCCUGUAUAUUAAAACCUGUCGUCAAUUUCUGUGUUUUAGGUGAUUCUUCAACCCAAUAAUGAAUUUUGAGCAGCCCCCUCCAUACCCAGGCGGUGGCCCUACAGCUCCAGGCUACCCAGCUCAGGGCCCACCACCACAAGGCUACCCUGCCCAGGGUUAUCCUCCGCAGGGAUACCCUGUGAACAUGGAGCAACCUAAUCCAGCCUACCCAAAUUAUGGUGCGGGCCCAAUGGGCCCUGGAGGCCCUGGAGGCCCUUAUCCUGGUCCAGGUCCUUAUCAAGGAUACCCUGGACAACCACAGUUUGGUUGGCAGGGGGGUCCUCCUCCUGGGCCAAUGUAUGGGGAAGCACCCAAAAACACAGGUGAGUGGGUAACAUAGGAAAGUGGUAGAAAUGUUCAUAAUAGUAUCAGAAUGGAUUAGCUCACAGACCAAAUAAGACAAAAGAGGUGUUUUCCUCACUGCCAGUUGUUGGCAAUAAACCCAGAAAUGUCGGGAAUGUCUUGGGCGUUUUGGGUUUUCAGUGCAUCUAGCAGUCAGUAGUCUCAUUUUAUAGAAACACUGACAGCACACAUAUACAAAAUUUAGAGGAGGCUCCCAAGACAACAGCUUUGUUUACGUUUUGUAAGUGUGUAAGCAAACUUCUGCGUAACUGGAUUGAUGACUGGGACUAGAGCUGUGUUUGGGGAGUGACAACAGACUGAUGAGUUUCAUAGUUUGCAGAAGAAUUUAGAAUAACAUAAUGUAGUGUUAUAAUUUAUGAGAAAGUCUGCUAUGAGUCUACAUUAUUUCACUACUUCCAUAAGAAUGUCAUGUUCAAAUUAAAAUGUCAAAUGAUCAAAUAUGAAAACAUUUAUCAACAGGAUCUUAAAUUAGCUUGCCUUUUGUUUGUUCCCUGAAAGUCCUUUAUUCACAGAGCACAUUUUUUAGUUUAUAAACAGACAAAGCAGUAGUUUAAAUCUUAAAACAACCUAUUGCUCGGUUCCAGUUGGCUUCUCCUGUUUCUGAUCGAGCUGUCACAGUUGACAGCUCGGCAGGAAGCCUCAGAUGUUGGCUUUCUACUCAAAAAAAUACCCAGCACUUAAUCUCACCAUUCAUUCUCUGUCCGUUGAAGGAUAUAGUAAUGAAUGAAUUGUCUCAACCACUUGGGCUGAGAAAAAUGCAAAAGCAGCUGGUAGCUAGAAAAAGCAGGCGGGGAUUAGAUUGUGUGAAGUCAAGCCAGGUUUAAGAUAAAAGGUGCGUCGAUGCGGUAACACCUCAAACUGAGCAUGCAAGAUGAAGUGCACAAGUUGUGAAACUAAAAGCACACAUGCCUUUGCAAAAUAUUCAAAUUUAAUAUGCAAAGAAAACAGUGAAGCUUCCAGAGAAGCUAGUUCACACUUUUAUGAAGAAAGCAGUGAGGUGUUAGUGAAUUUAGUUAAACCUCUUCUGGCUGAUCAGAGGAGACUGUUCUGCUGUCAGGGAUCCUGCCUCUGAUAGAGAUAUGCUUUCAUAAUACAGGCACAUCAUGACUCUAUACCUCUAUGUCCCUCUCUUAUCAGUCUUUGGUCUAGUCAAGUGGCCAGCUAGCACAAUUUUAUCUAUUGACUUUGAGCUGGUCACUGUGGUAACACAUUCACCUAUGCCAUGAGUCACUGCACAUGGUUGUUAAAAGCUGGCUGAGUGUCUCCCUCCACAUGAAUGAUUAAUAACAAACACAAGGAGGAGAGGGAGAGGUAUUUAUUCAGGGCUGUUGUUUGACUUGUUUUUUUGUUUGGAACAGAUGGUAAAGCUAACAUAUGGGUAAUGUAAUCCUUUUAUAAAACAGGCCUCAUUAGGAUGUAUUGACUCUACAUCCACUGUUAUACAUGUAAAAGCUGUGUCGAGGUUUGGAGGUGUGUCGUUCUGACAUUUCUUCUCUUUUAGAGUCGUUCAAAGCUGUGCUACUCAACUGUAUCACUAUCUUUUCAUGGCUCUUGGCUGCUAUGGCAUUACCAUGGUGAUAUGCUUCCCAUGAUGAAUGUAAUUAGGGGAAAAUCGUAGCAGCCGUGGCCACACUUGAAUUCGCAGCUGGAGACCUGACAGUGGGAUCUUGAACAAUUAUCCUUGGUUUUUAUGUAACUUUGCAGAAUGAAUCACUGAUUGCUUUCUUUUAAUUGCCCUCCUUUCUUUUUUUAUCCUCUCCGUACGAUCCUCUCAUCUCAUUUUCAAUCCUCCCGCUCUUCUUCUUCCUCUCUCUCUGUCUGUCUCUGUCUUUCCCUUCAGUGUACGUGGUGGAGGACAGGAGAAGAGACGAUACAGCGGACACAUGCCUGACAGCCUGCUGGACAGCUCUGUGUUGCUGCUGUCUCUGGGACAUGCUGACAUAACGUACUCCCCAAAUGGCUGCUCCCAUUACCCUCUUGUCCCCCAUUUCUGUGCCUCAAGCCACAACACCCUGACUGCCCCCCCCCAUCUGCCUUACACCUCACACUCCAUUAGAACCACUCCCAUGUAUUCCCUGUCCCAGUCUUUUGCUUGUCUCUGAAACAGCCUUGAUCCCACAUGGACAUUUCCUGAAAAAGCCACUUAUUCCUCCUCAAUGUGAAGUCCUCAGCACUGACUAACUGACUGACUGACCCUGUGCAGGGGAAACUCUGUAGCAGCUUGUAACUGAGCUUCUAAGCAUAACCUGAAUCUCAGGCUCCUGGCUGUAAUCUUACACCAACAUAUAUACAAACACACACACACACACACACACACACACACACACACACACACACACACACACACACACACACACACACACACACACACUUAGCUACACAAUAACACAUGCACACAAAGUGUAUUUGGAUCUCAGGCUCAUCUAGUGUGAGGCUCUUUGGCACUUUAUGAUGAUUACCUCUGUAAGAUAUUACUCCUGCCUUUCCUCUCAGCCAUCUCCAACCCUCCCUAUCCCUACAUUAAGCUAUGCUACUCCCUUUCGCCAAGGACAACCCUGUGUCCCGGACCCUCCAUUUCCCACAAGCCACUAAGACCCUGGCUACUCAUGCGCCACGGUAUGCUCUUAAGAAGCUGAUGCUUGAAUUGUAUCCCUUUCAUUUGCACAGAAGCUGUUUUUGCAAACGUUCGUCUUCAAGUGAAAUCAUAUGACAAUACAUGGAAUGCAUUUUGAAGAUGACAAUGAUUUGUGUUUGAUUACUGUUCACAGUCAGAGGCCUCAAUGUUCCUUAUUUUCACAGUGAUCUUGAUAUAAUAAAUUAUUCCAAUAUUAUUUGUAUGAAAUACCUUGGUGAUAAAACUGAAAAUGUGAAAAAGUUAUGAUUGCAGAAGAAACCAAAUGACUUGUAAAUGCCUUUUUGCUUUCGAUGAGAAUCUUGCAUUAAAAUAAUUUAUUCCCAUUAACUGGCA